CUUAACCAACUGACUGUCGCGCGUACCACUUCGCUACUUUUAUCGACAAUGUCAUACCUCACCCACUUGAAAUGGAUCCAUACCGCUGCGAACGAAAUUAGGGCUGUCACGGAUAUGUACUACCGCUCAACAAGACACAUUGUUUUAAGAACAACAAUGUGCAUAACCAAUAACGGAAGACAUUUUGAACAGCUUCUGUAACAUUAAACAUGUCCAGACUCUCU